AUGGAUACGGAGGAAUUCAGCGCCCAGUGUAAAAUAAGACAGUGUUUUCAAUGUCAUGGGGACACAGAAUUCUACUGUAACACGUGUAAACAUGAUCUGUGUCUAAAGUGUAAAGGGAGACACGUUACUGAUCUGGAUACAAUAAACCAUGAUGUUGUGAUUUACCUUGAAAAAUAUGAAUACAGCCAAAAACAAGAGACUUGUGUGAAACAUCACAGAAGAAUAUAUAAAAAGUACUGUCACUUAUGUAAACUUCCUGUCUGUUCCAAAUGUACAGAACAUGAAAAACAUCAAAUACAGGACAUUAGAACAGCAUAUAAAACAAACCGACAACUACAAAGAAAAUUUUUUCACAAAAUCAGAAGUGAAACUCUCUAUAACAGCUAUUUUCUCCUGGCAGGAAUCAAAACCGAAAUAAAAACUUGUCACCUUAAAAUUAUAAGCUGUCAAUCAGAAAUGUUUAAAAUGGGGCAAAAACUGAAAAAUCUAAUCAACACAGUUGUAUUCAAGGUUAAAAUCAGAUAUACACGUUAUAUAAUACGAAGACUAAAACAACAGAAGGAAAGUAUGAAUAGACACCUCGUCAGCAUUGAAAGCUAUGAACAUAGAUCUGAUCCAUCAGCAAACAGACCUGUUAGAUACCUCUUAUUGCUUAAGAAAACUUAUGUUCCAAAAAUGAAGGACACUCCAAAUCUUACACAACAUUUUCUGCUCUCCCUGACUGAGGAAAUGAACAUGGAGAAUGUAAUUAAGCUACUAAGUGAAAUGCAAAUCUCACAAACAGGAAAAAGAGAAGUAAGAAAUGAAUGUCUGCUGAAACUGAUGUCUACGCCAGUGUUGCACAAAUCUGUCACAGUGACAGGUGUAGGUGGUGUAAAUCACAUUUCCUGUGUGACAUCAGAUCAAGUCUGGGUCAGUGAUCACUGGGAUAGCAAUCUCAUCUUGACAAACACAGCAGGUGAAACACUACAUCAUCUGACCGAUGUAAGUAGCGGUUGGGGAGUACACACAGUGAAUAUGACAGGUAAUCUUAUUUACAUAGACAAGGAUUUUAACAUAAACAAAUUAUCUAAAGAUAACAGAACUAUGUCUACACUUAUAAAGAAAACAGAUCCAUGUAGACUACGUUGCAUCUACUGUUCCCCCUCCAAUGGAGAUCUACUGGUCGGGAUGUACAAUAUUGAUAUAAAUAUGGGCAUGAUAACACGGUAUAACGACACAGGACAACUCAUACAGACAAUUCCUACAAGCAACACAGAUCAGGGACUGUAUAAUGUACCAAGCUACAUUGCAGAGAAUCGUAAUGGAGAUGUUAUUGUAUCUGACUCUGUCCGCCGCGCUGUAGUGGUGACAGAGCGUCAAGGAAGACAUCGCUUCUCCUACAGAGGACCUCCAUCAGGAUCAGGAAUAUUACCACUAGGAAUCUGUACUGACGCGCUGUCACACAUCCUUGUGUGUGAUGGUAUCACUCACACAGUACAGAUGAUUGAUAAAGACGGACACUUACUGUCAGUUAUACAGACACAACAACAAGGGAUAAACUUUCCAUGGGGCUUGAGCUAUGACGACAAGUGUCACCUUCUCUGGAUAGGAUCAUUGAACAACAACAGAGUGUGUGUAUACAGAUACAUAAAGAGGCGUGAUUGCCCUACAAGUAAUAGUAUUAGUUAA